AUGGCAAGUUCUGCCUCUCUGGAGACGGUGAUGUCCUGCGGUAGGACCGGGCCAUCCGCGCCUCCCAAGACUCUGGCCUUCUCCAUAGACCGGAUCAUGUCUAAGAGCUCGGAGCCGAAGGGGAGCACGGAGGAUCGGUCAGAGGGGAAGAAGCUGUUGGGACUGUGCUCCCCGAUCCCCUGUAUGAUCCCACUGCAACCCUUCAGCUACGACCUCCAAGCCAAGGCUCUGAUGAACUACUCGGAGCUGUGGAGAGCCAGUUUCAGGGGGAGUUUCUGUGGAUCCGCAGCCGCGCCGUGUAAAGGGAACUGCGGCUUGUGUGGCAAAGCGGACCCGGGACUGAAGCAGCCGUUGCUGACGCCAGGUAGCAGGGUGGUCAAACCGCAGGUGAUCCACCAGGCUUUAGCCGUGCCCAGCAGCGGUUCCCUCUACUAUCUCAACUACCUGGACUCUGCGUACCAACAGUCGGAGCUGCUAGCCGGACACUGGUUCUCCAGCCCGCAGGCCCAGGCCUCUCUGUCGGCGCACCACAGACUCUUGUUGCUGGAGAAUGCCAAGCUGGCCGGGGUUGGGACCGACAAGCUGCCCACACCUCAGUACCCACACAAAGAACAUCUGCCGGGACAGCUAGACCAGAUAGUGAAGGAGAACCACGGCCUGAGCACAGAGAAGAACGGAGUGAAGACGCACAGUAAACUGAGCAGCGCUGCGGACGGAAAACCCAAAAACUUCACGUGUGAAGUGUGUGGAAAGGUUUUUAACGCCCAUUACAAUCUGACCAGACACAUGCCGGUGCACACCGGGGCCCGGCCCUUCGUGUGUAAAGUGUGCGGGAAAGGUUUCCGUCAGGCCAGCACGCUGUGCAGACACAAGAUCAUCCACACACAGGAAAAGCCUCAUAAAUGUAACCAGUGUGGUAAAGCGUUUAACAGAAGCUCCACGCUCAACACUCACGUACGGAUCCACGCGGGAUACAAACCUUUCGUGUGUGAGUUCUGCGGGAAAGGCUUCCAUCAGAAAGGAAACUACAAGAACCACAAGCUGACACACAGCGGGGAGAAGCAGUACAAGUGCUCCAUCUGCAACAAGGCCUUCCACCAGAUCUACAACUUGACCUUCCACAUGCACACACACAACGACAAGAAGCCCUUCACCUGCGCCACGUGCGGGAAAGGCUUCUGCCGCAACUUCGACCUGAAGAAACACAUCAGGAAGCUGCACGACAACGUCUACACCGCCGCCACCGAGGCCUCCAGAGAGCUGCAGAGCUGA